AUAAACAAGCAAAAAAAUAAAAAAUAUAACCAUAUAAUUGGUAAAUAAUAACAAUUUUUUAGCUCAAGCUAAGUGAAGUGUGGCGCGGAGGAGGUAGAACAAGAAGAAGAAGUGACUAACAAUAGAAAUAUGUACAUAUAGUUCUUUCUUUCUUUAAUGGCGGUCUUUUCGAAUGAAUAAACCGUCGUGGUGGUGGUGUUUAUUUGAGUUUAGUUGAACGUUAUUGUUUACUAUUGCUGCAUAAUCGGUUUCUGCAUAAUGAGCAAAAUGAAAGAGGAUGUCGAUGAUUAUGAGUACUUCUUAAGGCUUCACCGAAAUCAGCUGGUUGCAUCGCAGGUGCCGGAGAAGUACUGGCGCACCGUUUUCAGCAAGACCAAUGCACAGAUAUUGGACGCGGGCCUCGUCUUCACUCUGCUGCGCAUCGACUAUGAUGAUGAUGAUGAUAUUGGGGACGGACAGCGUAGACCGGUGUUUCAGGUGAUGACGUCGGAGGGUAUAAGGGCGGACGAUCCAGCUCACAUUUAUCUCGUCGAUCACGCCUGGACCUUCCGGCCGGAAUUUGCCCGCAGACAGCUGCUGGCCGUGGACAAGUUGCGUGAGAGGAUGGCCGCACUCAUGGGGUUGCAGGACGAUGACGAUGGCGACGGCAGCAAGGAAACGCUCGUUCGCAGAUUAUACGCCGAACUGUGGCGGUACGCGAAUUGCUACUCGAUCGAGAAUGCGGAUAGCGUGGAGGAGAGGAUGCCCGUGUGGUACGUAAUGGAUGAGCUCGGUUGCGGCAUCGGCCACAGCGAUGACGCCAACUUUCGCAUGGUGCCGUUCAUCUGCAGCAACAGCGUCGACGACGACGACGAUGCCGGCGACGAACCGACGAAGUCUGCUGCUACAGCGUACAGCCUGCUGUUUCCUGUGCGAGACGUCGAAUGUGGCGAGCAAGUAACCCGCGAUUACGCAGAGGGGCUCGUCGGCGAUGCAAGGGAUGUCUGCCUCCUCCCGUGGGUUGCGAACGAUACGUUCGUCGACAGGGACCAUCAGCAUCGGCAGCUCGAUCCUGACUACUUUCUGGGUGGCCACGUGAAGGAAACGCUUCCGAUGCUGUCGGAGAGAGCAUCGCAUGAUGAUGAUGAUGUCGUAUCGUCUCGCAGGAAAGCACCGCACCGGGUGUACACCGAGUACGAGUACGUUGCCAAGUAUUUGACGGAUGAACGGUUCGAAAUUGUCGGCAGCGUGGACGAGGCCGACAUCCUCUGGAUGACGACGCACUUCAAGCACUUCGAGGAGCUAUCGUUGACGGCCCCAUGGAAGUUCGUGAAUCAAUUCCCUUUCGAGUAUGUGUUGACCAUCAAGGACUUGCUGCCGGUGACGUGCCGCAGAAUGGUGGGCGAUCACAUCGUCGAAGAUUUGAGCGGCAGCCCCAGCUGGCUGCCCGUCACCUACAAUCUGAAAGUUGAGAUCGACCGCUUCGUCAGUUACUACAAGAAACGUGAGGCGGCCGGCCUCGAUAACCACUGGAUCAUCAAGCCCUUCAAUUUGGCGCGAGGUCUCGACACCCACAUCACCGACGACCUCAACUUCAUAAUACGGUUGCGGUCGUCUGGCGCGAAGAUCGUCCAGAAGUACAUCGAGAGGCCGGUGCUGUUCGAUCGGCAGCAGGACGUUGGCGGACGAGUAAAGUUCGACAUAAGGUACGUGGUGCUGUUGAAAAAAUCGAGGAAUCCGCUGGAGGCGUACGUGUACAGCAAGUUUUUCCUGCGUUUCGCCAACAGGCCUUUCGCUCUCGACAAUUUGGACGUGUACGAGCAGCAUUUCACCGUGAUGAAUUACACGGAGGGAGGCGCCCACCUGAAGCACAUGCUCUGCGAGGAAUUCAAGUUGGAAUGGGCGAAGCAGUACCCGGAGCAGCCCUGGUCGGAAAUCGAGAAACGAAUCUUUGCUAUGCUUCGCGAGGUUUUCGAGUGCGCGACGAUGGAGCCUCCGCCGUGCGGCAUCUCCGAGAGUCCGCAAAGCCGUGCUCUAUAUGCCGCCGACAUCAUGCUUGUGGAUGUUCCAUCCGAGAAGACUACGACGACUAGGUUGAGCAGUCAUUUUCAGCCGCAACUACUCGAGAUCAACUGGACGCCCGACUGCAAGCGCGCCUGCGAGUACUAUCCGGACUUUUACAACGACAUCUUUCGGCUGCUCUUCCUCGACAUCGAAAACGAGGCGGUCCUUCGCAAACUCUAGCUCUCAUUCAUACUGAUUGAUUGAUUGAUUGAUGAUCGUGAUCUAGUUCAAUAACAUAUGAUCGGUAGUUACGUUCCUUUAUUAUUACUACUGCUUUUAAGAGCGACCAGAACAACGACAACAAAAA